GAGUCAGUCGGUGACUUCAAAAUCCAACAUGGCGUCGCUCCGUUCUGGCGUCUCUGGCUAUACUGGAUAUAGUGAAUCGCAGUCGCAAUGGACAGCGCACACGUUGAUGUCGCAGUCGAUGCUGCCGGCACCAACAGCAGAGGACAGAUUAAAUGACUUUAAAAAGUUCUGUUACAACCCCGACGAUGGGACGGUGAUGGGAUUCACAGCCGUCCACUGGGUGUUCCGUUUCCUCUACUAUCUGGCCUUCUAUGUCGCCCUGGGACUAUUCUUUGCUGCAAACAUGGGCAUCUUCUUCGUCAUCCUUGACUGGAACUUCCCAACGAUGCAGGGAGUAGACAGCCUCCUGAAGGUUCCAGGUUUGGGUUUCCGUCCCAUGCCUGACUCCAUGUCAACGGUGAUUCGGUUCGUGAAGGGAGAUGCCUCCACAUACACCCAGUACCUCGACCAUUUAGAAGCAUACUUGAGAUAUUAUGAGAACGAGAACCAACAGGGAGAAAAUUAUAAGGACUGCAGCGAGAUCCGAGAGAGGCGGACGACUGAACUUGACAAAGUUUGUCGCUUUGACAUCCUGCAGCUUGGUGCCGACUGUGUGAAGCAACAGAACUUCGGGUUUGAUGACGGACAACCUUGUAUACUGCUCAAACUGAACAAGAUUUUUAAUUGGGAACCAGAGGAGUUCACCAAUGGAACAGUCCCUGAUCAGAUCCGAGGCACGUGGAGUCAGUGGUCAGUCACGGUGAUGUGUGAUGGAGAGAACCCUGUGGAUCGGGAAAGCAUGGGACCUUUGACCUAUCACCCUCCAAAUGGCUUCCACUUUAAGUACUUCCCGUUCCGGAACCAGCAGGGAUAUCGGUCCCCACUCAUGUUCGUGCGGUUUGAGGAACCGCGCCCUGGUGUGUUACUUAUGAUCACAUGCAAAGCCUGGGCAAAAAACAUCUAUCACAAUCGUAAUGAGAUGGUGGGCCAGGUGCAUUUUGAGCUGCUUGUAGACUGAGAACAUUGCAUCAUGGUGAUUUUAAUCAUUUAGAGUUAUCUACCCUUGGUUUUAAAUGCUGAAGGCCCAUCAGUGGCUUGGUGUUCAGCAACAUUGAUUUUCUGUGGACAGAAAUUAAAAGUGAAUUGUUCUUAAUCUUCAGAAAGUGCUUUGGAUUAAGUUUAGGGAUGGAUUUUGGUAGAUUUCUUUGUCAAAAGAAUUCAUGAUGAGCUUUCAUAAAACUAUUUUGACAGUUUUAGUGGGGAGUAUUCCGGCUUGUUCAGACAUCCCAUUUGUUUAGAUCUGUUUUCAUCACCAGUCAUUUAUGAACCAAAUAUUCAUUGUAGAUAGUAAUGAAUGUGACCAACUAAACUGUCCUAUCAAAACAUAUACCCAUCCGUCUAAACCCACAAAAUUGAUUAAUAACAUUGUACAGUUAUUUUUUUACAUGAAGCGGAAUUUACAGAAGAGCAAAAACAAUACCUUCUGUGUGCUUUGUGAAUAUUGAGUCUACUUUCAUGGUUAUUUUAAAAUAAUUCAUUCAUAAUUAUGAUAAUUGAGAAGUUAAGAUUUGCCUCAUUAUCAUGAUUAAGACAGAUUAAUAAUAAUCAUGAUAAUCAGGCUUGUCUACUCGUGUGGAUUAGUUUUGUACAUGUGAUGAUCCAUUUGUGUACAAAUUGGUAGUUGUGGCAGGAAUCUAUAAUUCUGAUUAAGAUAAUACUUCACCUUUUAAUUUACGAUUGUUGUUAUAAUAAUCAGAAUGUCAUAUUCCUGUGACGAUAGAAACAGUGCUUGUAGUCACCAGACAUCCAUACAGCCUCCAUGGUUACCAUGGUUACAGCCACUGUGUUGCUAAUAUCAUGGGAUAAGAUACUGUUACCGUCUGUAUCACUGUGGAAAUAGUGUGUCACCAGAUAAGACCCAGAUCACUUAAGUGUAUAAUUUCACUCUAUACUGGGGGCGGUGGGGUGAUACGGGUGGAUCCAGGAUUUUGGUUAGGGGGAAAUGCUCCUCAGGGAAAAAAACUUUUUGGGGGAGAAGAGGUGUGCACACACACAUCUCUUUCUGGAUAAGCCUCUGUGUGACCUAGUGGUCAGAGCGUGCCCUUGUCACACCUAAAACCAGGGUUUGAAUCCCCACAAUGGCACAAUGUGUGGAGCCUAUUUCUGGUGUUCCUUGUCGUGAUACUGCUUGAAUAAAUCGAAAGGGGUGUAAAACUACUCGCUCUCUAGUCCCUACAGUGAGUCCCGUUACUGCAGGUGUUUUUGAUAUGGUGCCAUUUACAAGCAACAGCUUGUAUUAAACUUGCUCUAAUCCCCUGACUCUUCCUUGCUUUACAAAAUAAGUCUGCUGUAAAUAUUUGAAAAAUGGUAGUUAUUGUUUGUUUUAAAUGGCCAUGAUAAUCUCUGGGGGGAAAAAGUGGACAUGUUAAAGUGGUACUAAUAUGGUCAGUUCCUAUGCAGUUCUGGUAUAGCAAGUGGCAGUGGUAGCCUAGUGGUUAACACGGUUGCUCAUUGCACCGAAGACUCAGGUUUCGAUUACCAACAUUGGUGCAAUGUGUGAAGCCCCUGAUACCCCUGCCACUAUCUUGCUGGAAUAUUUCUAAAAAUUGGGAUAAAACCCAUCUCACUCACUCACUCACUGGUAGAGCUACUUAAGUGGUGAUCGUCUUUAUAACAUUUGCUGUGUUUGAGCAUCAAGUGGCACAUGGUUGUGAAAACACUGAGGAGGUGAAAGGAUUGUCUGGAGGAGGAUUCUCCUAGUCUGUGGGUAGAGGGACUUAUUUGAUGAGUAUAUUCAAUCAAAUCACUGCAUCAGUUGAUGUUACUGUAAAAUGCAGCAUGUUCAAGAUAACCACUUAGGGUCAAACAAGUGUUGAAACUAGUUCUGUGUUCUUGAAGCUGCUGUUAUCUUUGUGGUCUUGUAAUGUUAGGAUUGUUAAAAUUCAUUUCUUGCUUUUCAUAACUAACAAAAACCUAAAUGUCUGCCCGAAAUAUUGUAAUGACUUUAAAGUUUUUACCAGUUCAGCAUGUUUUGGCAGUCUGAUUUUUGUACAACUUGCCAUACCCUACAUUGUGUGAUAUCCGCCCAGAAGUGUCCUGAUUUAUAAAAUACUACAGAAAAAGAAUCAUCCCUCCACUCAGUUUUGAAAAAUGUCAAGGAAAAAAGACAUACUUGCAAGAUUUGCGAAUUGUGUAGUCUACAUUGUGAGAUUCAUUGAAUUCCAUUCCUUGCAAUGUCUUCUAACAAGUGCCUUAAAAGUUGCCUGGUGCGUUUAAGGCCAACUUAAAUGAAAUGAAACUCUGUUUUGAAUUUUAUUGCCUUUAUUACAAUCAAUGUUUAAGUCUUUUUUAAAAAGAAUUUGCUUAUAUAGAUUUUGAAUGUUCUAGGGGUUGACAUUUUCAGAAAUUACAAAAAUUGCCAAUGUCUUGCUGUUGUAAUGUUAUAAAUUAUAUCAUAAUCAGCAAGUGUAUUAUCUGAAAACAAUUAUGGCAGGCUUUCAAAUGAACAAACAAUGUUCCUGCAUUUGCUUAAACAAUAAUUAAAUAAUGCAUAAUUGUUAAUGUAAUAAUACUUUACUCAUAAUCUGAAUAUUAACUAGGAGGUUGAGUUAGACUUGAUUUUAAGUGAAUGAUCUAUACAUAUUCUGAAUGUUUUUUUAAUAUAAAAUAUAUUCCACUGGUUUGUCAGGUGCUGACUCUGUGAUAUUCAUGCUCCUGUCCUUUCGCUUGAAUAUUGCCGAGUCAGGUGUUGGUCAACAAACAAACAAUACGUACUAGUAGCUGUGGAAGUAUGUUUUAGACUUGUUUCAUGACAGUUGUGAAGAUAGCUAUGUUUCUUCAUCAUUCGUACAUGCCCUUGUUAUUACUGCUUGUAAUUCGUAUAUUUUUCAUACUAUAACUCACUGUAUAUACAACUGUACCAAUCAUGAAUGUGUGUAUAUAUGCAAUUAGCUCUAGGAGUUACCAUUCCAAUCACAGCAGAAAUAAACAUAUUUGUAAAUAUUUUAUAUACAUUUAAUAAUAAACAUUUUGUAUCAAAUUA